ACGGGUACUCAAGAAGGAAGUAAACAAAAAGUCUUGUGAGACUCUUCCAGGGAAACUGGGCCAAAAAACAGGAAAGGGGGUCAGUAUAUAAGGGUCUCCCCCAGCAGAAGGCAACUUCCAACCUCCCACAUCUCCUGAGUCUCCCUCCUCACCUCUUCUGAGUCCUCUCUACUGACACCAUGGGCUGCUGUGGUUGUGGAAGUUGUGGUGGCUGCGGCGGUGGCUGCGGCAGUGGCUGCGGCGGUGGCUGCGGCGGUGGCUGCGGUGGUGGCUGCGGCGGUGGCUGCGGUGGUGGCUGCGGCGGUGGCUGCGGUGGUGGCUGCGGUGGUGGCUGCGGUGGUGGCUGUGGCAGCUGCACCAGCUGCAGAUGCUACCGGGUGGGCUGCUGCACCAGCUGCUGCCCCUGCUGCUAUGGCUGCUGUGGGGGCUGCUGCAGCGUCCCCGUGGUCUGCUGCCACCGCCGCACCUGCAGCUGCAACUCGUGUGGCUGCGGUGGUGGGAAGGGCUGCUGCCAGCAGAAGAGCUGUUGUCAGCAGAAAUGCGGCUGCCAGAAGCAAUGCUGCCACUAGGUGAGCUGGUCUGCAGGUGCUGCUGGGCAUCUGCUUGCUCCCACAGCUCAGGCAGUGGGAGCACUGCCUCCAUCCAUCUGUCUGCUCUGCACUGUCUCUCUGCCACUUGAGCUUCCUAGGAAUUUUCUCUUUGGUUGUGUAUAUCAUACUUUGAGGCUUCAGUGAUUCUUCAUUUCUUGAGAGUGAUGGCAGGACAUCUUAUACAAUGACAUCCAGUGGGAAAAGAUGGAGCUGCUGUUCAUCAGUAGCGGUAGCGCUUGGCAGGUGCUGACGGUAUGGUGGUUGUAGAGACCAACUUCUCUCAAUUCAAUCUUGUCUGCUUCUCCCACAUCUGUUACCCUGCUGUGUAGGAUUUAGACUCUGUGUUGGGACUGUUUUAGUAUCUUCUCUUUUUGCUUUGAGCAGUUCAAAUCUUCAUACCUUUAAAGUGUUUAAACCCACGGGAAUAAUUAAAUUCAAAGCUGUGAGCACCUCUAAGCAUCUGACAGCAGCCCAUAGCCCUGAUCUCAGACUAGUAGGAUUGAGAUCCUCAAUAUUUUGACCUGUAGCAGGUGUUCAUUGUUUCUGUUCACCAAGUUUUGCCUUUGCCAUCUCUAAGCACAACAGAUUCCUGAUUUUGCAAUGCUUGCUUUAUAUUUCUAGUUAUUACACUGCCAUCUUCUAAAUGUCAAAUAAAAUAAACUAAAUCAUCCUCAAAAUAUUGACUCAUGAGAUCUUCUUACUUGGUGGUAACCUCUGAGGAAAGAUGGAGGGGUAAUGUUGAAUAAUGAGGAAAGAGAUCUCCCUUGGUCACUUGAAUUGAUUGUGAGCACAAACUACUUUGAUGGA